CGCGAGAGGAGUCAUUACUCCUAACGUCGUUAGCUACGAUGGUCAGAAGCCACGUGAUCUGAGGCCUGGGACUGCGCAGCCGCGGAAACCGCCCUGACCCGCCUGAUCCCAGAGCCGCAAGGGAAGCCGGAAGCCAGGCGGUGCUGAGUCAGUGUAAGAAAAUGGCGAGUGCAGAGGUUUACUCAUGAAAUAGUUCUCCCCAGAUGGACUGGCGCCCACAGAACUUUGUUUGUACUGAAAGUGGUCAUAAGGAAAACCUGAUGAAAACAAAGGCUAUGGAUGACCUUGAUGACCUCACCGAGUCGUGUGAAGCAGCCUCAGAGAGUCCGGAGCUGCCUUACCCGAGCUCUGAGGAUGUUUUGCUGCUGAUCACACAACUUCAAGCGGACUGUAAAGAUUCUUUUAGCCUAUUGAAAAUCCGGAAGGCAGUUCAGUCAUAUAAAAGAUUAAUAGAACUUAAAAUACGUUGCUGUGAACUACUUAGAAGACAAAUUGAAAAAAUGGAAGAUAAAGUCACUGGACUACAAAAAGAGCUAUCAGAAACAAAAGAACUAAAAUUACAGUUAGAACAUGAAAAAGUAGAGCAGGAACAAGAACUCUGCAAUGCGAGAUUUGCCUUAAAACAAGAAAAAGAAAAGAGAGAAAAGGCUGAUUGGCUCUUAUUACUUGACAUGUAUAGUCAUGUGCCCCUUAAUGAUAGGAAUACCAUCUGA